CAGCACCCGAAAGGGACGACGCGUCGAUCCAAGUUCCCUCCAAAGAGGACAUCACACUCACAUCUUUCGAUGAAGGUGAAGCAGCUUGUGAUCUAAAAUUCUCCCUCUACCGCAAAGGUUUCUUUAUUCCGCUGGAUGAAUGAAUCUGUUUUGAAGAAGGAUCAAACGAUACUGCAAUCCAACGAGACAAAAUGGGUAACAAGGCCUCCAGUGCACAAAACGCUUCCAAUGACGCCAAGAGGUACCUAACCAGUGGGCAUUUGGGUUCGAAGAAGCAAACAUCACCACCAUCAGCGUCAGAAAUACACUACCGCUCCAAAGACACGUCGGCCAAUGCUGGCAAAUCUUUGCAGCAAAAUCUUUCGACGCAACGGCGUGAUUCAUCACCAGCAGGAAGAGAGAAUACCAAUGACGCCACUACAUGUAGAACUUCCCCUACUAGCAAUGACAGGCCCAAACGACCUGUAUCCUCCAAGAUUCUAGAAAAGACGGAAUGGUUGUCUCAACUCAUCUCCAAAGCCGACGGGCAGCAAGAAUCACAACAAUUCACAACCAACAGAGUUUCACCGCAUCGCACGAGCAAUUUAGUGGCAGAUCGAUUGUCCUGGAUUCAAUCCGAGCUAACGUCUCACAAUAAUAAUGACGUGCCAUCGCCGUCCAGGUCCAGCAGUGUGGCCAAACGCCGCAAAUCAGAGUUCGUGGCGGAUCGGAUGCGUCGCUUUAAAGAAUCGCUCGAACAAGAGAUGGUGCCACCCACCAACAAACAAGAACGUCUUCGUGGAGUGGAUUCUCAACUGUUGGAAGGAUUGGCAUCCAAUCGAUCCAAAACGUGGCUGCUCCAAUCCACAAUGACGACAGCCACCAACCAAGCCAAAACAGAAGAGAAUCGGACACGGCCAGGAAAACUGCAGGCGGACCAAUUCACCAUGCAACAAAUGAGCACUGUGAGCAAACCACUGCAGCCACCCAAAAAGCCAGGGAAACUCAAUCUGGAACAACUACUGGUUCCAACAACCUCCAGAGGAGCAAGGAAACGUUUCCACCGAACAAAUACUGUUCCCCUCGUAAGCGUGGCGGAAAAACGGGAAAGGUUCUUGGCAGCGAGUCAAAAUCCGCCACGCCAACGACGAAUCGUCCGUAAAGAACCAACCAACUUUUUCCAGCACUGCCUGACCGAAUGGGAGCAAGAGGGGUUGCUUCCAGACUUUGUGGCCGACCACACCACGUGGUUGUUUGGCGAGUUUUCCGAUAACCACCACCACCGAGAGCGGCAGGACCAUUGCAGCCUUGUCAACCAGUUACGGUUGGACAAUCCGCAAAAUGUUCCAACUCCUGAUGCUUCACCGUCCUGUGGAGGAGGAUUGCAACCAGAUUCACCCUGUUUCUCACCCGACACACAAUCAGAGGCAUCCGCAGCAGUCGUGGACACCAUCCAAGAUGAGCAACCCACCGAUCAGCAACACCAGCCGGAGGUUUGGGAAUCCUCUCCGUCAGCAGCAGCCAAACAACUAGAUGGUCCUCUUCCGCUUCAAGAUACCAAGUGGAAGGAUGUGCCGUGGGCUGACAUGACAUAUGGUGAAAUGGUGGUAUUGGCAUCGGAAAAGGCGUCGCUGUGAUAUAGUAUGAUGCGUCCAUCUGAGACGGAGCAAUGUCACGGCCUUUUUGGCUACUAGCAAUAAUGAAGGGCAGAGGAUGCCAGAGGAUGCAUCGAAGUCCGCAAAUGAAAGAGCGCAAAGCCGACUAACUAGAUAUCAUACGCUGAAGCUCAUAUGGUAGGCUUACCCCUGAGUGCUGAUCAAUCGUCGUUGGCUGGCCCUCUGGAGUGCAUCGUCAUGCUUCGCCUUCAAGGUCUAGAAACCCUGGACCAUCAGUACUAAACUGUGAUUGAACCGCCUCAAAGCAUGCAGCUCGUCGCCCUCUUCUAUUGUAAUGGUGGGACCAUUCGAGACAACGGCAGCCACAUGCAACAAACAGGUAGGACUGCCUUGACAAAUUUGCUUGUUCGUCGCUGAAAUCUUUAGAUCGUCACGAAACGACUGAUGAAGUCGAACCGUGACCGGGCCUUGCAGGCAGCCGUUAACUGGCCAGACACGGAUGCUUGCUUCAGCGACAGCUACCACCGCAGCGU